AUGGAGCCCAAACUUCUCUCCUUAGCUGUCCUUUUCCUGGCCGUGCGGUGCGCCGCGUCCCUGCCCUGCCCCGCCCCGCCCCGCCCCAGUCGAUGCCUUUGCUUUAAAACCACCAUCCGCUGCACGCACUUGAUGCUGGAUCACAUCCCCCGGGUGCCCUAGCAGACAUCACUCCUGGAUUUGCAGUUUAACAGAAUACGAGAAAUCCCAGCAGGCACCUUUAAGAAAUUGAAGCAUCUGAACACUCUGCAAUUUGCCACUGGCAUUCUGCGAAACAGUCAAUUGAAAAGUGUUGUAAGUGGCAUCUUUGAGGAGGCUGAGAAUCUUAGAAUGAUUUACUUGUACAAGAAUGAAAUCCACACAAUAGACAAGCAUGCAUUUAAAGGACUUGGAUCAUUGGAGCAGCUGUAUAUUAACUUCAAUCAAAUAGAAACAGUCAAGCCAGAAACCUUCAGAGACCUCUCAAAAUUAGAAGGAUUAUUUCUGCAUGACAAUAAGUUGUCUAAGAUCCCAGCUGGAAGUUUUUCUCAUCUGGAUUCAAUAAAGAGGCUACACUUGGACUCUAAUGCCUUAGUUUGUGACUGUGAAUUAAUGUGGUUGGCUGAACUAAUAAAAGAAUAUACCAGAAAUGGAAAUACUCAAGCUGCUGCCACCUGUGAAUAUCCCAAGAAACUUCACGGCAGGUCUAUUGCAUUAUUAAUAGUGGAAGAAUUCAACUGUGAGAAACCUCGUAUUACUUCUGAGCCAUAGGAUGCAGAUGUUACCCCAGGGAAUACUGUCUACUUUACUUGCAAAGCAGAAGGAAAUCCUAAACCCAAGAUAAUUUGAAUACAUAACAACCACUCGUUGGAUAUGAAAGAUGACAGGCGACUGAAUUUGCUUGAAAAUACCAGAGAAUCUGACAAAGGCGUCUAUCAGUGUAUGGCCCGGAAUGUGGCAGGCGAAGUCAAGACACAGAGUGCUUUCCUCAGAUACGCCAGUGUUUCAACCAAGCCCAGUUUUAUCAUUCAACCCCAGAAUACAGAGGUAUUAGUUGGCACCAGCACCUCUUUGGAAUGCAUGGCCACAGGCCACCCCCAACCUCACAUCAGUGGGAUGAGAGGAAAUGGAGAGUCGCUGGAUGAAUCCAGGUACAACAUCACUUCUUCUGGAGGACUUAUCAUUUAGAACGUCACAUUGCAGGACCACAAUCAGUUUAUCUGCCAUGCUUAUAACAACCAGGGCUCUAUUCAAGCAUCAGCAAAUAUUAUUGUUCAAGCUCCUCUGCAGUUUACAGUAACUCCCUACAAUCAGGUGGCAAUAGAAGGGUGCACAAUAGAUUUCCAGUGUAAAGCAGAUGGUAAUCCUCUUCCUGUGAUUGCCUGGACCAAAUCAGGAAGUCAGCUGCCUUCUGAUGGACGCCACAUGGUGCUGUCAUCUGGAAGAUAGCGUAUUAUACACGUGGCCCAACAUGGUCAAAGUCAGUAUGAAUGCCAAGCUGUCAGUGCUUUGGGUGUAAGGAGAGUGACCGUCCAGCUGAAUGUGCAAUCCAGAGCUCUGCCAGUGUUUUCUCAACUUCCACAAGAUACCAGCGCAGAGGUUGAAAAGAAUGUAGAGAUUCCUUGCAGUGCACGUGGAGAACCUCAGCCCACAAUCAGCUGCAGCAAGGUAGGUGUUCAGAUUACUGAGAGUGGCAAAUUCCAUGUGAACUCAGAUGGCACUCUUGCAAUCAGAGACUUAGGACAAGGAGACCAGGGGAGAUAUGAAUGUUUUGCAAGGAACUCUUUUGGCCUGGCUUCAACCAGUAUGGUGCUGACUGUUACCAUAACACAAAGUAGACAAGCUGGUGAUAACUUUGUUGAAUCAUCCAUUCUCAAAGCCAUCCAAAAAGUUGACAGUGCAAUUAACUCCACAAGAAGAAAUUUGUUUUCGCAGCAUCCCUGGACUCCAAAUGGUCUGUUGGCUCAAUUCCACUAUCCACAGGAUCCUUUCACUAUAGAGACUGCAAGAGCAGGAGAGAUUUUUGAGCAAACAUUUCAGCUGAUACAGGAGCAUGUUAAACAGGGUCUGAAUGUUGAUUUUGAUGGAAUAGAAUUUCGCUACAAUGAUCUGGUUUCCCCACACUACCUCAGUCUGAUUGCCAAUCUCUCUGGAUGUACAGCUCACAGGUGUUUCCCAAACUGCUCUGACAUCUGUUUCCAUCAAAAGUACAGAAGCUACGAUGGAACAUGCAACAACCUACAGCACCCAAUGUGGGGUGCCUCUUUGAUUGCUUUCUAACGGAUCCUUAAACCUGUGUACGAAAAUGGCUUUAACUUACCCAGGAGCGUCAGUCAUGACUCUUUGUAUAAUGGCUAUCCUCUUCCACUACCAAGGCUUAUUUCAACAGAAAUGAUUGGUACAGAGACUAUAACUCCUGAUAAUAGGUACAAUCAUAUGCUCAUGCAGUGGGGCCAGUUUUUAGACCUUGACUUGGAUCAAACAGUGCCUGCACUGAGUGUGUCAUGUUUUUCUGAUGGACGCUCUUGUAGCUUAGUGUGUACUAAUGAUGCACCUUGCUUCCCCGUCAUUAUUCCUCAGAAUGAUCCCUGAAUGACAAAUUCUAAAUGCAUGUUCUUUGUUUGCUCAAGUCCAGUUUGUGGUAGUGGGAUGACCUCUUCAAUAAUGAAUUCAGUCUAUGCAAGGGAGCAGAUAAACCAUCUAACAUCAUAAAUCGAUGCUUCUAAUGUUUAUGCAAGCUCUGACAGGGAGUCAGAAGAGUUAAGAGAUAAUACAAAUGAACAUGGUCUCCUCAAGGAAGGCCUGCUUAUCCCAUCUUCUGGAAAGCACUUAUUACCAUUUGCCGCAGGUCCCCCGACUGAAUGCACGAGAGUUGAAAAUGAAAGCUUUAUACCUUGCUUCUUUGCAGGAGAUCACCGAGCCAAUGAGCAGCUGGGCCUCACAGCCAUGCACACUUUGUGGUUCCGUGAACAUAACCCCAUAGCAAGAGCACUGUUGAAAAUGAACCCACACUGGAAUGGAGAUAUUAUUUACAAUGAAGCCAGAAAGAUUGUUGGUGCACAGAUGCAACAUAUUACCUAUAGCCACUGGCUACCCAAGAUCCUUGGUGACCAUGCUAUGAAGAUGAUGGGUGACUACAAAGGUUAUAACCCCAAUGUAAAUGCUGGGAUUAUUAAUUCCUUUGCAACAGCAGCUUUUAGGUUUGGUCACACAUUGAUCAAUCCAAUUCUUUAUCGCUUGAAUGAGACAUUUGGCGAAAUCCCACAAGGCCACCUUCCAUUCCACAAAGCUUUCUUUUCACCAUUCCAGAUAAUCCAGGAAGGUGGCAUUGUUCCACUCCUGCGUGGCCUUUUUGGCAUUGCUGGUAAAAUGUGAGUAUCUUCUCAGCUUUUGAACCUGGAGCUGACUGAGAGGCUUUUCUCCAUGGCACACUCAGUGGCUCUGGAUCUGGAAGCUACGAAUAUCCAGAGGGGGCGUGACCAUGGGAUUCCUCCAUAUGUUGAUUAUAGGGUUUUCUGUAUUUUAACCUCAGUUGAGAAGUUUGAGGAUCUUCACAAUGAUUUUAAAGAGCCAAAGAUUAGAGAGAAGCUGAAAAAGCUCUAUGGUACACCACUGAACAUUAACUUUUGGCCAGCUCUAAUGGUGGAGGACCUGAUUCCUGGUACAAGAGUGGGACCAACCCUAAAGUGCCUUUUUGUCACUCAGUUUCAACGGCUCAGGGAUGGAGAUAGGUUUUGGUAUGAAAAUCCUGGAGUGUUUACAAUGGCACAACUCUCACAGCUGAAGCAGACCUCUUUGGCACGUGUAAUCUGUGACAAUGGGGACAACAUCCAGCAGGUCCAGCCUGAUGUCUUCUUAAAGGCAGACUACCCUCAGGGAUACAUGAACUGCAGUGAGAUACCAAAGAUUAAUUAGAGACUGUGGUAGGACUGCUGCACAGACUGUAGGACAAGGGGACAGUUUGGGGCUCUGUCACACCACUUUAGGAGCAAAUGAUCUGCUGAAUACAGUUAUCCCAAAGAGAAGCAUAAAAGGGAUGAGGAGACCAGUACAAGAAGCAGACACCAGGGAGAUUUGCGCAGGCAUAGAAAGGCAGCCAGUGCAAUGCAUCUUACUGACAUAGUAUCCAGUGGAUUUGCUCAAAAUUUCAGCCAUUUUGCUGCUGAAGUUGACAAGACAAUUGCGGCUCUAAAACAGCAGAUAAACAAGCUGGAGGCUCGCCUGAGGCAGGAAGGUUGCAUGGAUGAUGAUGGGAUUCAGCGGAAGGAAAAUGAACACUGGAUGAAAGAAGACUGCAUUAGCUGUAGCUGUAAGAAUGGCCAAAUAACCUGUACUGUGGAGAUGUGUCCCUCAGUAGAGUGUUCGACCCCCACAAAGCUGGAAGGAGAAGUUCCAGACUGCAUAGACAAUGGAAACCCUGUAGAAUCACCAGGUGAUCUUAAACCAGAUUCCUCUGACAAGGAGCUACCUUUAGGAACUAUCUAUUAA